AUGAACCCUUUCUUCAACAAUCCUAUAUUUUUGGGAAACGGCCCAACACCCCCAAAUAUGCAAUCGGACUCGAGUUCAUCCGACGAGACGAAACGAUAUAUUAAUCUCUUCACAAUGGUGCAUUAUGCGAUUGAACAAGAUGUCCGCGAUACUGCCUCCUCUUCAAGAAAGUAUAAAAACAGAGACAAUCGUGUUGAGUCGCACGACCGUCUUGUCCGAGAUUACUUUGCCGUGGAACUGAAAUUUGAUGAGGGUUUUUUUAGACAACGGUUUCGGAUGAGUAGACGGUUGUUUUUGAAGAUAGCUACAGAUUUGGAAAGCAAUUUUGAAUAUUUUCAAAGGAGAGUCAACGGUCGUGGGGAAAUGGGGUUCUCGGCUUUACAGAGAUGCACAUCUGCAGUUCGCCAGUUAGGAUACGGUAGUAAUUCUGACAGUUUAGAUGAUUACUUAAAUAUGUUGGAAAGAUCGUCACGUGACACCCUUAAUGCUUUUUGUGACGGAGUCAUAAGGUUAUACCGACAUAAAUAUUUGCGUAGGCCAACGCGUAAUGAUAUGCAACGCAUUUUUGAUCAUCAUGCGUGUUAUCAUGGUUUUCCCGGCAUGUUAGUGGCUUGGCGUGGCCUAUACACGCGAGGUGACCAUCACGGGCCGACGAUAUCGCUUGAAGCAGUUGCGUCACAGGAUUGUUGGAUUUGGCACGCAUACUUUGAUAUUGUCGGUUCAAACAACAACAUUAAUGUGUUGAACCAAUCUCCUUUAUUCAAUGGCUUUGAAGACGUCACAUCACCGGUGGUUCCUUUCACUGUAAAUGGAACCGAAUAUAAGUACCCGUAUUAUCUCGUGGAUGAGAUCUACCCAAGAUAUGUGAUGUUUGUGAAAACGAUUCCUCAUCCAGCCGGUGAGAAAAUGAUUCGAUUUGUUAAGGCACAAGAGGCUGCAAGGAAGGAUGUGAAGCGAGCUUUUGACGAAGACCACGCAUUAUGUCCUGAUUAUAUUCUAGAUCCCCCGGUUGCGCCACAGCCAUCGGAUGCUCAGCUGGCAGAGAUACAGGACCCAAACGUUCACGAAGAUCUUCGGAUGGAUCUCAUUGACCAUAUUCAUCGCACAUUCAUCCCGGGCAUCGAUCACUAA